AUGAUGACAGCGCCAUGUAACAAGCAUCACAAACCGGUUACGACGGCUCACAUGGAGCUGGCCAAACAGUCCCCAGCAGUGCUCAACAAAGCUCUGGCUUACCGGCAGAGCGAUCGCCCGUUUUCAAUGCUUCAGGUCGACAAGCCACCGGCGGUCUAUGCAGAGCACCCGCGAAUUCUCAGCAGCUCACAUGCGCGCACGCCAAAUGCGAAGCAGGCUGUUAUGAGCUGGUUAUGA